GGCCACGGGAGGCCAGGAACCGGAAGCCGCGGGCGGCGCUGCGCGUGGUGCGAUGUCGGCCGGCGGGACGGUGGAGCCGGGGCCCCCGGGGGCUGCGGCCGCACCCUCGCCCGCCCCGGCCCCGGCGCGCGUGUUCCGGCCCUUCAGCGCCGAGGACGAGGGCCAGCAGCCCACGGAGAUCGAGUCGCUGUGCAUGAACUGCUACCGCGACGGCGUGACGCGCCUGCUGCUCACCACGAUCCCCUUCUUCAGAGAGGUGAUCGUCAGCUCCUUCUCCUGCGAGCACUGCGGCUGGAACAACACGGAGGUGCAGUCGGCGGGCAGGAUCCAGGACCAGGGCGUGCGCUACACGCUGACGGUCCGGGCGGCCGAGGACAUGAACCGGGAAGUGGUGAAGACAGACUCGGCCACCACAAGGAUUCCAGAGUUAGAUUUUGAAAUUCCUGCCUUCAGCCAGAAGGGAGCUUUGACCACUGUUGAAGGACUGAUCAGCCGAGCCAUCUCUGGCCUGGAGCAGGACCAGCCCACUCGAAGGGCAAAUGAAGAAGCCGUCGCUGAAAGACUGGAUGAGUUCAUUGUCAAACUGAAAGAGCUGAAGCGGGUGGCCUCUCCUUUCACCCUGAUCAUCGAUGACCCCUCAGGGAACAGCUUCGUGGAAAACCCGCACGCUCCCCAGAAAGAUGACGCCCUGGUGAUCACACAUUAUAACCGGACUCCGCAGCAGGAGGAGAUGCUGGGGCUCCAGGCAGAGGCGCCAGAAGAGAAGCCGCAAGAGGAAGAUCUCAGAAACGAAGUGCUGCAGUUCAAUACAAACUGCCCAGAAUGCAAUGCUCCAGCUCAGACCAACAUGAAGCUAGUUCAAAUCCCCCACUUUAAGGAGGUUAUCAUCAUGGCUACCAACUGUGAGUACUGCGGUCAUCGGACCAAUGAGGUGAGAUCUGGAGGAGCAGUAGAGCCCUUGGGCACCAGGAUCACACUCCGUAUCACAGACCCCUCAGAUAUGACCAGAGACCUGCUCAAGUCUGAGACGUGCAGUGUGGAAAUCCCAGAACUGGAAUUUGAGUUGGGAAUGGCUAUCUUUGGGGGCAAGUUCACCACACUGGAGGGGCUGCUGAAAGACAUCCGGGACCUGGUGACCAAGAACCCUUUCACACUGGGUGACAGUUCCAAUCCUGGCCAGGUGGACAAACUGCAGGAGUUUAGCCAGAAGUUGGACCAGAUCAUGGAGGGUAAAAUGAAGGCCCACUUUAUUAUGAAUGAUCCAGCAGGAAACAGCUACUUGCAGAAUGUGUAUGCACCUGAAGAUGAUCCGGAGAUGAAGGUGGAACGUUAUAAGCGCACAUUUGACCAAAAUGAGGAGCUAGGGCUCAAUGACAUGAAGACGGAGGGCUAUGAGACAGGCCUGGCCCCACGGUAGCAGUGGACCGUUUCCCAGCCAACCUCCUGUACUGCUCAGACCACAGGCUUACUUAUUACUAUUGGAAAAGCGGGGAGUGGCCUCACCUGCUCCUGUGGGGAGGGCAUCUGGUCUGAAUCAAAGAUCCUGGCACACUUUGUAAACUGUGUGUGGUGCAAGUGCACCCCUGUUGGGUAUUUGACCUUAUUUCGGAGGUUGUGAGUCAGCUUGGGAAGAGAUCUGGAAGCGAACUAUGAGGAAUGUCACUAUCACUUUUUCCCACAAGUCUUCGCCCUCUGUCCACACCGUGCUGCCCUCUAGAGCUGGAACUCUGAACCUGAGGAAGGUGGAAGACAGCUGCAGCUGGAGUUUAGGUGUUGGUUUUGGGUGUACAAAAUACUGACUCUCCACACGGAGGGAAUCUUCCGAGGGAGGGAGUCCAGCACAGGUGAAGAAGUUCUCAUUAAAACGAUGGCUGUCAAACUGCACUGGCCCGGAAUUCACUGUCCUUAAUUGGUAUGCUGGUAGACUCCACCUCCUGAAGAAAAUUCUCUCCAGUGCAGCCACUGUAAUUUGGAGAUUGGAGCUGGCAUUUCAUUCUUCCUUCACAGAUGUGUGAGUGUUCACUUUGUUCCAGGCACACACUGAACAGUGAACAAAACAAAGUGCUGCUUUCAUGAAGCUUGAAGUCUAGUGGGGAAAAUUGACAUUGGGGGUGGAGGUGGAUUGAUAAUAAACCGAUAAGUAAAACAGUAGAUCUAGUGGUGAUUAGUGUUAUGGAGGGAUGUAAAAGCAAAGAAGGGGUUUGGAUAGUGUCAGAGAAGGUGGAGUAGGUAUUUUAAAUAGAGUAGUCAGGGAAGGUCUUAAUAAGAAGGUAGAAAUUCCACAUUCAGGCAAAGCCGAGAAGGAGGUAAGGGAAUAAGCCAUGUGAAUAGCUGGGAGAAGAGAUUUCCAGGCAGAGGAAACUGCAAAUGCAAAAGCUCUGAGAUUGGAAGACGUUGACCAGUUGGGGGUAUUUGGGAGCCUCUAGUCCCGCUCUUAAUUACAAAUGGAGAAACAGGUUCAACCAGAGAGGGAGGGCUGCUUCCAGCUGUGUGACUUGGCACUCCGUGGCCCAGGCCCUGGACUCCCCAGCGAGUGCUCUGUGUCUGCAUUAACCACUGAUGACUCCUGCAGUGCUGGCUGCAAGGUAGUUCAAGAAAGACCUGUGGAUUGAAAUACUAUGGCAACCCUUAGCGUUUUGUGCUGCAAACAUAGCUCGGAAGAAUUGCCUUAAAGGGAGAAGACUUGGUAGUGCCACUCUGCUCUCGCCGCUCUACUGCACUAUUCUCAAAGAUCACAGGCGGGAUUUUCCACGUGGGAAAAUGUUCUCAUUUUCCAUUAUUUCUGUCACAUUGGACAGUGGACCAUUUCCCUUCUCAACCUGUCUCUUCUCUCGUGAUGCUGCAUCCCUGCUUUCCCCUGUACUUUGGACAUUCCUUGUGUGGAAUCUCUGCCUCCUCCCUCUUAAAUGUAUUUGUUUACAGAGGUUCAGUUUUCAGACAUCUCCAUAUUGAAUGCUUUGGCACCUUAACUACUUCCAUGUGGGACUGACUCCCGUACAUGUAGUUCACAUUUCUGUGAGCAAGAGUAAGGUGUGUUAAGAAUUUCAAGACUAAAGUUAGCAAUGACUCAAACUAUAAAGCUACAGCACUUUGAAUAGGCUUCUGAGCAAGUGCUCUACCCGAUUAGAUUGCCCAUAGAUGUAUGUCCAACUGCCUUGGGGAUCUGUGUUCCCAGGCCGUCUGAUUGAUCAUUUGGUCUCUUGAAUGACUUUCCCUAUGGGAUGGUUAUGCUGAUGUCAGGUUCAUUUCCCAUUGUGAAGGGGAGAAAGUGGCAUUUGGUUUAUCACUGUCUUGUGAGUCUGGUGUUAGGCAAUCUCACAGAUUCCAUCCAGUUAUUGGGAAAGAUAACCUGAGUUUCUGAACCAGGAAAGACUGACUGAGGAGGAGGUAUCAGACAGAUAACCCAGCUGAGGUACCACUUGCUCUGAGGGCCAAGGCCUGGAAGCCUUCAGUUUCACACUCCGCUCCAUCCAGUCUCGCUAUGCAGCCUGAUGGGGGGUGAGUGUCCUACCCCCCAGCUCUGGCAUAUGGCAUGUGGUUAAUCUGUUAAAUGAUAAUUCUCCGCAGACGCUUGCAAAUUUUCCAUCCUGUAUUGAGCCGUAUUAGGUGACUGGAGGUAGCCUGGGUAACAGGUAUGGGAAGGGUCCUGCUCAAAGGCCCGGGGAGGAGGACAGUCAAACCCCCAGCCCAAGAACAUGUAGAUUGAGUUUCACAACCAUGAUAGACGGGGAAGGUAGAGUUCGUUUGUGAGGGCACUUCUACUUCAUAUUUCAAGCAUAUUAAAUAUAGCCACAUUUAGCCAAUAGAGCUGUGAACACAGGUAUGGAGUGUACAUCUGUCAUGACAUGAACAUGGAAUAAAUAUGAAGGGCAAUUGA